AUGGAACGAUUAUCUGUGAUUAAUCGUAAAUCACAAAAUCGUAAACAAGCUUAUGAAUCAAACAAUGAUAAUCAAAAUUUAUCUCUUAUUGAAUAUUUGUUUCUUUGUGAACUUAAGCUUGUCCAUGUCCAUGAUGAUUAUAUAGAACAACUUUUAUUUGAUACUAAAACGUAUUUGCCAAAUAAUGUUCGUCUUUGUAUUGAUUAUAAGUCUUUACAGCGAGUAACACAUAAUUUUACAAGAGAUGCUACACGAAUUAAUUGUACCAAAAUAAAUGAUUUAAGAUUACGUGCUGAAAGCAAAUGUUCCAAUUUAUCUUUACAAGAAUAUUUUCCUUAUGCAAAAAUAUGUUAUUCAAUAAUGUUCUGA